AUGCUGGCUUCCAGGGCAUCCAGCAGCCCAUCAUCCACUAAACCCCCUGUCAACCUCUCCCCAGCCCCCUUCCGCAGCCGUCAUUGGCCCACCGUCAGCGAAUUUCCCCUGGUUGACGUUUGUUCCCUUUGUUGCUUCUUUUCUUGCUCGCUCUCUCCUUUGCCUGUCAACGACUCGAGCAAUUCUCUUGCCCGCUGCCGCUCGACAAACCAUUACUACGAGAUCGAGGCCGACACCGUACACGACGACGAUUUUACAGACGCCACUGCCUUCAAUACUCCAUUUCCACUUAGCGCUCCCGAUUUGAGCCUAGCAACAGGUGCGACGCGCAGUUGUCGCAUUCCUUCGUUCUCUUUCUCUGCGUUUGUCUUCCGCCAACACCGGCUCCGUACACAGGCACUUAGCGCCAAGCCUCACUCUCCAGGACGUAGCCAACAAGUCGACGACUGCUUCGCUCUUAAUCUCGACCUCACUCACGUCAGCGUGAGAAGGACCUCGCCAUUUCUAGCGAGCGCGGUCGUCCAGGCGGCCGUGCCGACAACCUAUGCCCACAGCAACCCUCUAAUACUGAGCCUCGAACCACCAAGGUCCGCCUAUCCCGGAACCGGCUCAUCUUCUGGUCAAGCCGCUGUUGCUGCUGCUGCUGCCGCCGCGUCGAAUAUCCAGCGCCAGCCAGCUCGACCCUUUGACGGUUACCAAGCAACAACCUUGCAUCCUUCGCCAUUUCGACCUCAAAAGGCUGCUGGAGUUGCUAAUCGUCCUCGUCGGUUAUCAGCUGUCCGUCUCUGGAAUCCUACAAAUUCGACGCCUAGGCCUCAUACCAAGCCCGAAUCAUCACGCAAACGUCGUCCCUCGACCCCUCCACCACCAUCUAUCCCUCUUAAGCACCCGACAUUCGAUACCCGAGCACCGACCGAUCCAAUAGGUUCUGGACCCAGUGAUUAUCCUCUUCUUACGCUUUCCGAACAGCAUCAGAUUAGGCAUUCUUUGACGCCUCGCGCAAGCCUUCAGGUUGAUAGGGCCGGCAGUAGUGAUAGGCGCAUAAGCCUACCGAAUUCUGUGCGCGCUUCUUACGACGAGAAAGGGUCUCGCAGGGGUGCAGUGUCUGCCGAAGAACCUCGCCUUAGCAGGGACCUGUUUGCUCAGGAGCCCGUGGUAGAAGAUCCAAUUGUCAAGAUUGACAAGGGCAAAGGGAAGGCUGUGAUGAUGCCAGAGACCGACGAUCCUAUACCUUCUUAUGGCAAGGAUCUGGAGCGUGGUCCUGACAUCAUGGACCCGCGGAUUUCUAACGUAUCGGCUGGCGAUGGAAUAGGAUCCGCUCUGUCGACGACAAAUUCUUCUAUUAUGGGUGAGGAUGUCGAGCCCGAUGCAGCUGGUGAAUGGGGUCCUCAGCACCCUUGCUACCCUCACCUCAACCCUCAUGUUCCCGUUGACUCACCCGAAUAUGUCAAUACGCGUAUCAUCCGAAUACGUCGCGACUGGUUGAUCAAGGGCGAUUUGGCACCGACAUUUUCCAACCUUUACCCAGAGAUUCUGGAUCCUGCUGGUCUAUCCGAGCAAGAAUUCCGCCGAAUUAUCGAGAAGCUUAAUGGCGAGUUGAUUCCUGCGUUCGACCCUUACGGCUUGCGGAAUAUAAUUGAUACUCUCCUUGGACUCAUCACUGGUUGGAUUUGGGAUGACGUUGGUCUCACUGGAGUCAAGUCUCGACUGAACAGUCUCGAAAAGUGGAUUGAGCAAUGGAAUCUUGAGAUGGAAAAAACCAUUGGCACUGAAGAUGGUACUAUUCCACCCAAGAUCUUGCCUCUGCGACAAACGGGCUACAUGAGUCUCGAUAUCCAGAUUCCUGAUCCAGAGAUUGCACCAGCUCCCAGCACCACGAACCCCAAUGAUUCCAGAACCGCCUUACCUCUGGAGCCUCCAUCCACUGUUGUUUAA